GCCUGCUUGCUUAGGCAAUAAAUACACUUUUGGGGGUUUUUCUGAGCAACGUGACAGAACUCAGCACUGGGGUGUCAAAACUCCCCACAGAAGAGCUGAGCAGGGACCUGGUGGCUGUGAGGACCUUGGAGAGGCCACUGAACUCACCUGCAGCUUUUACUCUGAGCUCUGUGGCACUGCUUUCCAUCUGAGCAGCUCUGAAGCACAGACCUCACCAGGCUGAACAUCUGUGGUGCAGCUUUAGCUCUCGCUCGUCGAGAUGAACUAAAACUCCAGGACCUCCUGAGGGAAGGGAUGGAUUGAGGCUCUCACCCCGUGUUGGAUGUCCUCCUCUCCAGCAGAAACCAUGGCAGGUGUUUCCUGGGCCUCCAACGAGACAGUUGCCAGCUCAGAGCUCUGGUUGGAAGCAGAUUCCCAGGAUUCCUUGUUCACUGUCACCUACAGCAUUGUCUUUGUGCUGGGGCUGGUGGGAAACACCCUGUCCCUGUCCCUGCUGUCCUGCAGAGCGAGGCACAUGUCCCACUCCUACAUCUACCUGCUCAACCUGGCCCUGGUGGGCACCCUGUUUGUCUGCGUGCUGCCUUUCAGAAUCCAUUACCACCUGCACGGGAGCAACUGGACCUGGGGGGACGCUGCCUGUGGGAUCACGGGGACCCUGUUCCACAUCCACAUCUACCUCAGCAUCGCCUUCUUCACCUGCCUCUGCGUGGACCGUUACGUGGCCGUGCUGCACCCCUUUGCCUACAUCCAGCUCCGGGCCGGCCAUUGUGUGCUGGUGGCCACGGCCCUGUGGGUGGUGGCCCUGGGUGUCACCGUCCCGCUCGUCCUUGCAGGUCCCCUCCACCAGCGGGGUGUGGGGAACACCACGGCCUGCCUGGAGAGCUUCCCCACAGGCAGCUGGACCCAGCAAGAGGCCCCUCACCAUGUCCUGGCCUUGGUGUUGGGGUCGAUGGUGCCGCUCUCCCUCAUGCUGGUGGGGUUCCCGCUGGCGGCCUGCAGGAUCUCCCGCGUGAGGCGCGGCGUGGCCUGGAGGAAGGCCCUGAGCACCAUCUCCAUCAUCCUGGCCAUCUGUGCCCUGUGCUUCCUCCCCUAUCACCUCACCCACCUGCUGCACUUCCUGACGAGGGUCCGGCUCAUCCAGGACGGGUCGUUCUCCAUCCUGAUCCGCGGGAUGAGGAGGGUCACCCCGGCCCUGGUGAGCCUCAGCUGCUGCCUCACCCCGCUCCUCUGCUACCACAGCUCUUCCAGCAAGCAGUGGCACUGCAACUUCAGGCUCAGGUUCAGGUCUAAAAAGGUGUUCACCAUCUGUGACCGGAAUUUUGGGGAGCCCUCCUGCGAUUAUAAACUCCAGCAGAGACGUGGAGGCAAAAACCCCAGAGGUGGAACCAGCUGGUUCGCUUCAAACCCACGUGGCUUCUGAGAAACGCUGAGUUUUCCAUCUGCAAAACGUGAGACUGUGGAGAGAAUUUUUCAUCUGUGGGUGCUCUGAGGCAGCAGAAAACCACAGGCCUGGCUGACAACCCGAGUUUACUUUGGAGGGAUGAGGGGUCUUGGUGUAACAGGUGCAGAGAGUCGCUGCUCUGCUCCUUCCCCAGGCCACCCCAGAACUCUCUGUGUGCUCUUGGGCUCUGGGUACCAGGACUGUGAGGAGCUGAGAGCAGCAGGGACACUGUCAGGGGCUUUGGUUAACAGGACAAUGUGCUAAAUGAGUAUUUUAGUUUCCAAAUGCAGCCUAAAAUUCCUGUUGUAACCUGGCACGUUCCCAGGUUUUGAUCUGUUCCUGGGCUUGGAACAAGAACUGCCCCAGGCCUGGAGGGAGAGAGCAGGAUUAUUGUGGCAGAAGGAUUUGGGGGAAUCACUGGUUGUGUUUCUCUGUUUAUUAAUUUCUCUUUACUCAACAAUGGAUGGUGCAGCUUCUGCCCAAAUUCAGCCACAGUUUUGCUUUUAGCUUGGAGAAAAUUUUAAAUACUGGUGAGAAAAAUCUGCUCAAGCUUUCCUAAAACAAGGAAAACGAUUCCUGUUCUGUGUGGGCUUGGGGAGCCAAGUGCAAACCCUGGCACUGUGGAGGCAGGAGAGGCUCAGAGGGAGCAUUAGCACAAAUUAAUCCUUCACCUUUCAUGAGCCAUUGCUAUUUUUAUCCCAUUUACAGACUAUGGAAAAUCUUCCCAGCACUGGAGGGGGACUGUUCUUAUCAACUAAGCACAAUCUUUAUGCUCUGCAUAAAGGAAGAAAAAUGUUAUUAGAGGCUCCAUGCAGGAGAGCAGCUUUCCUGGAGGCUCCUCAGCUGUCCCUGAGGGAAGGAGGGAGAAUUAAAUAAGUUUAGCAGCUUGGUGAUCAGCACAUUUAGGGCUUUAUUCUUUUACCUCCAUUAUCCUUUGCAUUUUAAUUGUUUCACUCAGCACUGCUGAGAUUUUUUAAGGGCAAUGAGCUGCAGGAGGGAGGAACACUGAGUGACUUUUGCUUUACUGUGUAAGC